CGCGAAAAAGGCAAAACGAAGAUAAAAAUAUUAAAAAAGAAAAAGAAAAAAAAACAGCAGCACAGAAGCACGGUCAACGUUUGUAUGUGGUGUUUGCAUUAAACCCAAUUGCACAGUUUUCUCUUUCACUCUAUUUUCAACAACUAAAACCCUAUUCUUCUCUUCUUCUUCUUCCAUUUUCAUCACCAUCGCUAUGAUGCCUCCUUCUCAGCCACCCCAUUGGGCCCCAUCACCAUCUCCGUCUGCAUCUCCGACCCCAACGCCCACACCAAUACUCAACAAAUCAUUCCUACCACCGCCGUCCAAUACGCCGGCAGUUGACUUCAGCCCCCCACUCAUAGCAAUGGUCGUUGUAGUCGCCGCCGCCUUUCUCGUCGUAACCUACUCUCGUCUCAUCGCGCGCCACCUCAGGCCUCCUAUCCACCGCCUCCUACACCGCUUCCGCCGCCGGCGAUUCCCCCCGUCUUCCGUUGGCGACCUCGAGUCCUUACCCUACGAGUCUCCCUUUGACGGUCCCCGCGUAUUCUCUCCAUACGGUUUAGACGAAACGGUGAUUAAAACGAUACCGUUUUCGCUGUACACCGCGAAAUACGACGCUCGUUUCGAAGAGUCUCGCAACGACUGCGCCGUUUGCUUGCUGGAAUUCGAAGACGAAGACUACGUGAGAACGCUUCCCGUUUGUUCACACACGUUCCACGUGGACUGCAUCGACGCGUGGCUUCGCUCGCACGCUAACUGCCCUCUCUGCCGCGCAGGUGUCCUCUGCGCCGAUUCGCCUUUCACUCCUAUGAUGGCCGCAAGAAUCCGACCGAGCCUCGACGACGACACAAUUCUUCACCGCAUCAGCUUAGACCCUCUCAUCGACCCCCCACCGCCUGUGGCAAUAUCGUCCGUGCCGGAGAUAACACCCUGCAUCGACGAGCAAUCUCCGAGGAGGAACCAGAACCACGCGAACGUCAACUCAGAAGAUUGUUUUAGGGAUUUUCUGCUGAAGAGAUCUUAUUCGUUUGGAUUUGAACGGAGUGUCGCGUCGGAGAGGAUGGUGAUGGAAGCCACCACUGCGUCGCCAUGGCGAUACCGAAGAGGGAGUAAUAGUUUCUGGAGCAAGAGGCCUUCGCCGUUUGGUUCUUUGGGGAAACCAAGGGUGUUUUCGUUUCGGUAUUACAGAGGGAUGAAAUCACCGUUCUUCAGGCGGAGGGGAUUCUUCCCGCUGUCGGAGUCCAGCGUGAGGUACGGCGGCGGCGGGAGCUCGUCGCGGCGGAGCAAGUCGAUUGCAAGCCCAAUGUUUCUUCGGUCGUCGGGUCUGGCAGCGGCGGCUUUCUCGUCGAGCCGGCUGAGGUGCGGGGAUCCCGAGGCGCUGCUGUCGCCCGAGAGAUUUAACCGGAGGUGAUGCAAGGAAGGUAAAAACAAAGGUUGGAGAUUUUGUCGAGAAGUGAAAAUGGGCGGCAAGAGGACACGUGGCGGAAGUUGAUUGGUGGAUGGGGGUGGAAGUUCAAUCGGAGAUGGGUGGAGAGUGGCGGUGUGGGUCAGGUCAAGGAGGAAUUAAAUGGAGGUGGUCGCAUGAGGUUUAAUUUAAUGAGACGGUCUGGCAAUUUGUAGAGAGUCAUUAAUGGAUGGUAGGAAGAGCAUUAAUGGGAGAGAGAGAAGUAAGACAUUUGAUGGUGAUAAGGGAGAAGAAGAAAGAGUGGUUUUCUCUCUCCCUAUAUUUAUAAAUCUAUUAUUCUCUGUGCCUAUGCUCAGACAGUGUGGUGGGGAGAGAGGGUUUUAAAAGAGGAAGGUCAUAAAUGAGCAGAGGAUUGGAUAGAGGUUGGGGAAUGGCAUGCAGUACUACUAUUAUUACUACUACUUCUUCUACUCAUUUACCAGCUGAAUAGGGUUUUGGCAAAUGCCUUCUCUUGCACUUUCUUUAUGGCACCGACUGAAUCCCCCAUGUGAAUCCAUUGAAGAUGAUGCAAAACACACAUUAAUAUGAGUUAUGGUCUGACCUAGCUCACUCUGUAUAGGUUUAUGCCCACAGAAGCAAGGCAUUUAUUGUCGCAUUGGGUAUGCUGACAAGCAACAUUGCUCCAUUCGUUUUAGUUUUAGUGCGUGACUCUGCUGUGAAUUCUUUCAUCGUCAGAUAAUUAAUGCCAUUUAUAA